AUGACUACAAUAUCUGAUACAACUACUGAUACAUCUGAAACGACUACAAUAUCUGAUACAACUACUGAUACAUCUGAAACUACCACAAUAUCUGAUACAACAACUGAUACAUCUAAAACUACUACAAUAUCUGAUAAAACAACUGAUACAUCUGAAACUACUACAAUAUAUGAUACAACAACUGAUAUAUCUGAAACUACUACAAUAUCUGAUAAAACUACUGAUUCAUCUGAAACUACUACAAUAUCUGAUACAACAACUGAUACAUCUGAAACAACUACAAUAUCUGGUACAACAACUGAUACAAGUACUGAUACAUCUGAAAUGACUACAAUAUCUGAUACAACUACUGAUACAUCUGAGACGACUACAAUAUCUAACAAAACAACUGAUACAUCUGAAACUACUACAAUAUCUGAUAAAACAACUGAUAUAUCUGAAACUACUACAAUAUCUGAUAAAACAACUGACAUAUAUGAAACUACUACAAUAUCUGAUAAAACAACUGAUAUAUCUGAAACUACUACAAUAUCUGAUACAAGUACUGAUACAUCUGAAAUGACUACAAUAUCUGAUACAACUACUGAUACAUCUGAAACUACUGCAAUAUCUAAUACAACAACUGAUACAUCUGAAACAACUACAAUAUCUGGUACAACAACUGAUACAAGUACUGAUACAUCUGAAACUACUACAAUACCUAAUAAAACUACUGAUUCAUCUGAAAUGACUACAAUAUCUGAUACAAAAAUUGAUACAUCUGAAACGACUACAAUAUCUGAUACAACAAUUGAUACAUCUGAAACUACUACAAUAUCUGAUAAAACAACUGAUAUAUCUGAAACUACUACAAUAUCUGAUACAAGGACUGAUACAUCUGAAAUGACUACGAUAUCUGACACAACUACUGAUACAUCUGAAACUACUACAAUAUCUGAUACAACUACU